UACACCCUACAAAAAGAGACCCAACUCUGAAACACGCACCUCGCCUCCCUCUUCUCCUUACGUUACAUGCCUCCUCCAUCGAAAAUGGCCACCCACACCCACCACCACUUCCUCCUCCGCCUCCUUCCAUUACUCAGCCUCCUCGUCCUAUCCGCCGCCGAUGACUCUGCCGUCAUGUUGAAGUUCCUCUCCUCUCUGUCCCCAGCCCCCUCCGGCUGGUCUUCCUCCACCCCCUUCUGCAACUGGACCAAUGUCAACUGCGACUCUACCUCAACCUACGUCACUGCCAUAAACCUGAACUCCGCCUCCGUCUCCGGUUCCCUCCCACCGGAACUCAACCAGCUUUCCCAGCUCAAAUCCCUUGCCGUCCAAAAAAACUCUCUUUCUGGAACUCUGCCCUCUUUUGAAAACAUGACUUCUCUAGAACAAAUCUAUCUUGACAACAACGGCUUCACCUCUGUUCCUAAUAACUUCCUUUUGGGCCUAACUAAUCUUCAGAUUUUCAGUAUAAGUAAAAAUAUGAAGCUGAGCCCUUGGCAAAUCCCUUCUUACUUGACUGAUAGUACAAAUCUGGUUACUUUUUAUGCUAGCAAUGCUAGUAUUGUUGGGUACAUCCCUGAUAUUUUUGGAUCCUUUCCAAAUUUGCAGAACCUGAGGUUGUCGUACAAUGAUCUGAAUGGAUCUUUGCCGGGAUCUUUUUCCGGGUCUGAGAUUCAAAAUCUUUGGCUCAAUAACCAGAAACGAGGUUUAUCUGGUGGAAUUGAUGUGUUAGCUAACAUGACUCAGUUGUACCAGGUCUGGUUACAUGCUAAUAAUUUUUCUGGUGGGAUUCCUGAUUUAUCAAAGUGUACAAAUUUGUUUGAUUUGCAGUUGAGGGAUAAUAGGUUUACUGGUGUGGUACCACCUUCUUUGAUGAAUCUGCCGAAUCUUGUUAAUAUUACGUUGCAGAAUAAUAAGUUGCAGGGGCCUUUUCCCCAGUUUCCGAGCAGAGUUGAGGUGACAAUUGGGACUACAAAUAGCUUUUGUUUAGAUAAACCAGGGCCUUGUGAUCCGCAGGUAACCACGCUUCUUGAAGUUGCUGGUGCCCUCGGUUAUCCUAUGUCCUUGGCUGAGUCUUGGCUGGGGAAUAACGCUUGCCAAGAUUGGAGAUUAAUUAAUUGUGAUUCGCAGGGAACAAAUGUGACAGUUGUGAACAUGGGUAAGCAGGGAUUUUCGGGUAGUAUUUCACCUGCGUUUGCAAAUCUGACUUCUUUGAGGACUUUGGUAUUGAAUGAUAAUAAUCUCACUGGAGUCAUCCCUGGUGUCUUGACAACUCUGCCUCAGCUUCAGACUUUUGAUGUGUCCAACAAUAAUUUGUCCGGGCCCAUUCCCGUGUUUCCUCCUCGUGUGAAGUUUACUUAUGCUGGUAAUUUGUUACUUGGUAAGAAUACAAGUGAUGGUGGUGGUGGAGCUGGGGCACCAGGAGCAAAUCCGGGCAGUCCAGAUGGAAGCACAUCUGGAUCAUCAAAAAAAUCUAGUUCAGCUGGUAUUAUUGUUGGGGUGAUAGUUGCUGUGGUGAUAUUUGUAGGAGUUCUGUUGUUUGUUUCUUAUAAAUGCUAUGUCAAGAGACGGCACAAGAGAUUUGGACGGGUAGAGGGCUCUGAGCAAGGGAAGGAAUUGGUGAAGCCUAAUGUAACAAAUGGAUUGAAUGGAUAUGCUGGAGUACCUAGUGAAUUACAGAGCCAGAGCAGUGGUGAUCAUAGUGAAAUUCCUGUUUUUGAAGGUGGAAACAUUACCAUCUCUAUACAAGUUCUCAGACAAGUAACGAACAAUUUUAGUGAGGAGAAUGUAUUGGGUAGAGGAGGAUUUGGAGUUGUUUAUAAGGGUGAAUUGCAUGAUGGGACUAAGAUUGCUGUGAAGAGAAUGGAAUCUGGGGCAAUGGGCACAAAAGGAAUGAACGAAUUUCAAGCAGAAAUUGCUGUCCUUACCAAAGUUAGGCAUAGACAUUUGGUUGCACUUCUAGGAUACUGUAUUAAUGGCAAUGAGAGGCUUUUGGUGUAUGAGUAUAUGCCUCAGGGAACUUUAGGCCAGCAUUUGUUUGAAUGGCAGGAGCAUGGCUAUCAACCUCUUUCUUGGAAACAGAGGGUGACGAUAGCUUUAGAUGUGGCUAGAGGAGUUGAGUAUCUUCACAGCUUAGCCCAGCAAAGUUUCAUUCAUAGAGAUUUGAAGCCCUCAAACAUACUUCUUUCAGAUGACAUGAGAGCCAAGGUUGCAGAUUUUGGAUUGGUAAAAAAUGCACCGGAUGGGAAGUAUUCGGUUGAGACACGAUUGGCGGGAACAUUUGGCUAUCUUGCCCCUGAAUAUGCUGCUACUGGAAGAGUGACGACAAAAGUUGACGUUUAUGCGUUCGGAGUUGUGCUGAUGGAGAUCAUUACUGGUAGGAAAGCACUUGAUGAGACAAUGCCAGAUGAAAGGUCUCAUUUAGUCACAUGGUUCCGCAGGGUCCUUAUCAACAAAGACAACCUCCGGAAGUCCAUUGACCCGAUUCUUGAUCCGGAUGAUGAAACUUACGAGAGCAUUUGCAAGGUUGCUGAGUUGGCAGGUCACUGCACUGCUCGUGAGCCAUUCCAGAGGCCCGAUAUGGGACAUGCAGUUAAUGUCUUGGGACCUCUUGUAGAGCAAUGGAAGCCUUCUAAACCUGAAGAGGAGGAUGGUUAUGGCAUUGACCUCCACAUGAGUCUUCCUCAAGCCCUUCAAAGAUGGCAAGCUGACGAAGGCACUUCAAGAAUGUUCGAUGAUUUGUCUUACAGUGAGACACAGUCAAGCAUUCCCUCAAAACCAUCCGGAUUUGCGGACACGUUUAGUUCAAUGGAUUGUAGAUAACAUGACUCCAGCAGUUGGAUCAUAUCAUAAUCACACAAAGGCAUGAAGGCAACAAGAAAACAAGGUGAGUCCCCACACGGUUUGAAUCCUUUUUGAGUCACUACACAAGGUUGCAAAUAGUAUUUAAUUUAUUCUUUUUCCCACUUGACUUGCACUUGAAAAUUUUCUGUUAUCAUAGUAAUUGUAACAAAACUUGAGUUCAUAGGGUUGUUUGUUGUAUUUGAUUGGAUUCCAUGGACAAAAGAAGGGUCAACAUAAAAAUUGUACUGAAUUGUUGUAUCUUUUAUUUGUGUAUAUUACAAGUUUCCUUCUAUAUUUAUGAGGCAUUUGAGAUUUCAA